AUGGUGUGGGUGCCCCCAGGACCCCCGAGGACUGACUGCCUGACCUUGCUUCGCACCCCCACCGACAACCGCCCCCCCAAGAUGUCUCUCGAGUGGCUGGUGGCCUGGAGCUGGUCGCUGGACGGCCUGCGAGACUGCAUCGCCACGGGCAUCCAGUCGGUGCGGGACUGCGACACCACCGCCGUGGUCACCGUGGCCUGCCUGCUGGUCCUGUUCGUGUGGUACUGCUACCACGUGGGCCGGGAGCAGCCCCGGCCCUACGUGUCCGUCAACUCCCUGAUGCAGGGUGCGGAUGCCAACGGGCUGCAGAACGGGUACGUGUACUGCCAGUCGCCCGAGUGCGUGCGCUGCGCCCACAAUGAGGGCCUCAACCAGAAGCUCUACCACAAUCUGCAGGAGUACGCCAAGCGGUACUCGUGGUCCGGCAUGGGCCGCAUCCACAAGGGCAUCCGUGAGCAGGGCCGCUACCUCAACAGCCGGCCCUCCAUCCAGAAGCCCGAGGUCUUCUUCCUGCCCGACCUCCCCACCACGCCAUACUUCGCCCGGGACGCGCAGAAGCACGACGUGGAGCUGCUGGAACGGAACUUCCAGACCAUCCUGUGCGAGUUUGAGACUCUCUACAAGGCUUUCUCAAACUGCAGCCUCCCGCAAGGAUGGAAAAUGAACAGCACCUCCAGCGGGGAGUGGGUCACCUUUUACUUGGUCAACCAGGGGGUUUGCGUUCCCAGGAACUGCAGGAAGUGCCCACGGACGUACCGCUUGCUCGGAAGCCUUCGGACCUGUAUUGGGAACAAUGUUUUUGGGAACGCGUGCAUCUCCGUGCUGAGCCCCGGGACUGUGAUAACGGAGCAUUACGGACCCACCAACAUACGCAUCCGAUGCCAUUUAGGUCUCAAAACUCCCAGUGGCUGCGAGCUGGUGGUGGGGGGAGAGCCCCAGUGUUGGGCGGAAGGACGCUGCCUCCUCUUUGAUGAUUCUUUCCUGCACACUGCAUUCCACGAGGGUUCGGCAGAGGAUGGCCCGCGGGUGGUUUUCAUGGUGGAUUUGUGGCACCCCAACGUGGCAGCGGCCGAACGGCAGGCUCUGGAUUUCAUCUUUGCUCCAGGACGAUGA